GAGGUUUGGGACAGGGGUAGUGUGGGACGUGGCGACUUUUUCAUUAAUUAUUAAAAUAAAUGAGAUUUAACCACUACACAAUCGUAGGCAACAAUAAGAUGUAUCUUGACUAAAAGAAUGGAUAUCCUCAGUUUUAUUGUUUUAAUUCUAUGAACACUUUCUUAAAAAUUGAUAAAAAUUGUAUAUUUUGACGUCUCAGUUUUCCUCUUUGUAUUUUAUAUCAGCGAUAUAUAAUCAAAACUUUUUUAUCUCAUUUGGUAGCAGUGCAAUCUGGGAACAUAUUUUUGUAAAGGUAGAAAAGAUUAUACACUCCAGUUUUUUAGUUAAAAGUUUUAAAAACCAAAAUUACACGCGGGGAUGUUUGGGACACCUGAAAGGGGAUGAAUGGGACGUGGAUUUUCGACAACAUUGUAGGUGGCGCGCGAAUCGUUGUACUGUCAAAAUCAAUGUGGCAAUUCACAUGGAGAGUAAUUUCGUUCGGCAAAAAGUGUGUCCAACAAGAUUUCAAGUGAUUAUUUUGGUGCCUAAACAUGCGCAAAUACAAGAAAAAGGGUGAGAGAAUGGCAGUGUCCGAGAUUGCUGUGAAAAAAGCAUUGGAGGAGGUGAUACAAGGAAUAAAAAGCAUCCGGGAAGCCGCCAAGACUCACGGUAUUACGAAAACAACUCUUGGGAGAAGGCUGAAGAAAUUGAGGGAGCAAACUAAGGAUAAGAAUACCCCUGAUGUUUUACUUCACUCAGGACUGAAGCUAUUGCCAUCCAUGAACACCAAGCAUUCCAGUCGCCAAAUAUUCACAGUUACAGAUGAAAAGCUGCUCACAGAAUACUUAAUAAAGUGUUCCAAAUUGUCUUAUGGCUUGACGAUGGAGCAACUCAGAAGGCUAGCUUUUGGAUACGCAAAACAUCUGGGGAGGUUUGUUCCUCAGACUUGGGAGGAGAAUAAAACAGCGGGAAGUGAAUGGGCUGCGGGCUUUUUAAAGAGGAACCGGACACUGUCUCUCCGGAAGCCUGAGAACACCAGUCUUGCACGUAAUAUCAAUUACAAUAAAGAACACAUGACACGCUUUUUUGACAAUCUGGAAGAAAUAAUGCAGCAAAAAAUGUUUCCUCCACACAAAAUUUGGAACCUCGAUGAAUCAGGACUGAGUACUGUCCUCCAAUCACCCAAGGUACUGGCACCAGCGGGUGUAAAGCAAAUCGGUCAAGCUGUAUCAAGUGAGAGGGGGCAGCAAGUAACAUUUGUGGGUAUUAUUAAUGCUGCUGGGCAAGUUGUACCCCCCAUAUACUUGUUUCCGCGGAAGAUACCUCGUGAAGAGUAUAUGGAGGGAAGUCCAGAGGGUUCAAUUGCGAUAUUUAACGGAAGUGGAUGGAUGGACGAGGAUGCCUUCCUCCAAACUCUUAUCCACGUUACGAAGCACACAUAUCCCACUAAGGAAAAUCCCAUCCUUCUUCUUCUGGAUAAUCACGCCUCCCAUUGCACAGUAAAAGCUAUAAACUUUUGGAGGGACAAUGGGAUCUACAUGUUGUCAUUUCCACCUUACACGACGCACAAACUUCAACCCUUAGAUAUAUCUGUCUUCGGGCCAUUGAAGUCGAAGUGCAAAGCAGUUUUCCACGAAUGGAUGUCUGAGCAUGCUAGUGCUAGUAGUGCUAGUGCUAGGAUAACGAUCCACAAUGUAGUUAGAGUCUCAGCAAAAGCAAUACCCAGCAGCUUCUCCGAGAAAAAUAUUAAGGCUGGGUUCGCAAAGGCCGGAAUAUACCCAUUGAAUAGAGAUCUUAUCCUCAAUGAAUUGGAAAAUUUAGAAAACAUUGCUCCAAUUUCUUCUGAAAAUCUUCCUCUUGUGCAAACUUUAAAAGUCGAGCAGGUGUCUCCAGAGACAAUGAAACCAUCAACGUCUUGGCAAUCAAUAUUUUCUUCUCCUGAAGAUAUUCGACCUUUGCCCAAUCCCGUUAAAAACCAUUCUGUCAAGAAAACUUCUCGAGCAAUAUCCUCUACACUUCUAACAAGUUCUCCAGAAAAGGCAAGGCGAGAGCUCAUCCAAAUAAAAAAGGAAAAGCAGGUACCAUGCAGUUGUCGCAAAAUCAAACAGGAAUCCGAAAAAGAGUCCAAAACUAAAAGUGUCAAAAGAACUGAGGAUUUUGAUGAUGAUUCCAAUGUUAAAUAUAAAAAAGCAAGGAAAGCUAGAAUGGCAAAUAAGAAGAAAACACAUUAAAUAAAUGACUGACAAAAACAUGACCCUCUCCUGUGCAAAUAAAGAUCGAUAUUAAUUAAUAAAUAUGAAGUAAAAGAUUAAACAUUUUAAUUUUUUUCAUUUUCUGUUAGAAAUAUUUUUAAUAUAGUAUUUGAAAUUAAAUAUCAUGCUCUAAUAAUGCUAAAUAUGUGAGAAAAAACGUGUCCCAAACAUCCCCUUUUGCGUCCCACACUGCCCCAGGUCGGGGAGGUUUGGGACAAAGCGUCAGGUUAAAUAUUUUAUCUUCUCCAAGAAAAUACAGUUGUUUUUCAAGUACCAUUGAACACUUUUUAUAAAGUCAAUACCCAUAGGUAUUAUAUACGCCGAAUAAAAUUUUAUUACACUGUCGUGGUUUUUUGGAAUACUUCCUCAAAGUCAAAACAUGAAAAAGUGUCCCAAACCUCCCCGGUCU